AUGUGGUGGAUAGAUUCAGCCAUUGCGGUCACCAUCGGGCUUUUCCACCCAUUUGCCAUCAUAUCUCUACACGACGACGGUAAAGAGGCUCACAUGAAGCUCCAAGCGAUGACGACUGUGUGGUUGCUCCCGGUUGUGAGCACCAUUGUCGCCUCAGCCACCGGAGGAAUCGCGGCCGAGGCUCUCACCAAUGCUGGAUGUCAUCAGCAUGCCUUCUGGACCAUGAUCAUUUCGUGUAUCUUGCUUGUUACUGGCCUCCCGAUUGCGACGGGAUCAUUUGCCCUGAUGCGAUUGGGCCGCGUCGCGGCAGAGCUGUUUCCGAACUUGGAUAAUAUAGCUCUGGAUAAAUACGGAAACGUUGGCUCAGAGCUGGACACAUUUGGUACCGCAGUUGCCAUGAUCAUGUGGUGA